AGUUUUUUACUUACAACUCAAGGGGCAUUUCAAAGGCCCUUGAGCUCCCGUUCUCCGACCGUCUCUUCGUCCCCAAAACUCUCUCCUCCUCACUUUGCACACUACGAGAGAGAGAGAGAGAGUGUGUAGAGAGAGAGAGAGAGAGAGUAGAGACGAGAGAGAUAGAUGGUGAUAAUGGUGGCGACAACGAUCUCCUCGUUCGCUUUGACCCCUCCGUCGUCUCCGACGAUCUCCAAUUCCAAUUCACGAACCCUCACAACCCCCUCCCUUUCGAGCUCCGCCCACCGCUUCCUCUACAACCCUCUCGCCGUUCUCCGAUCGCCGCUGCCGUUUCGCCCUUUCCGCGGCUUCGCUUCUAGGAAAUCAUGUCGAGUAAGGGCCGCAACAGUGCGGGAGAAAGAUGAAAAGGUGACUGUGGAAGAAUCAUUUAGUGUUAAGACAUUCCCCGAUGAUGCAGGAAGAUUGGCAGGUGCUGAUGAUGUGACGACGAGCACACCAGGAAUGCUGGAGAGAUGGGUUAUCAAGUGUGAGCAGUCUGUGAAUAUUCUCCUCACGGAGUCAGUGAUCCAGGUAAUUGAUGCACUAUACCAUGACCGUCACUAUGCUAGAUUUUAUGUGCUGGAAACGAUUGCCAGGGUGCCAUAUUUUGCCUUUAUAUCUGUUCUUCAUCUGUAUGAGAGCUUUGGUUGGUGGAGAAGAGCUGACUAUUUGAAGGUGCAUUUUGCUGAGAGCUGGAAUGAGUUGCACCAUCUGCUAAUCAUGGAAGAACUAGGAGGAAAUUCUUUCUGGUUUGAUCGCUUUCUCGCACAGACCGCAGCAUUCUUGUAUUACUUUAUGACAGUUGGAAUGUAUAUGUUAAGCCCACGAAUGGCAUAUCAUUUUUCUGAAUGUGUUGAGAAGCACGCAUAUUCAACUUAUGACAAGUUCUUAAAGCUCCAAGGAGAAGAGUUGAAAAAUUUACCUGCUCCAAAGGCAGCUAUAGAGUAUUACAUGAACAACGACCUAUAUUUGUUUGACGAAUUUCAGACAGCUAGAGUUCCUUGCUCUAGGAGGCCCCAAAUAGAGAAUUUGUAUGACGUGUUUGUAAACAUCCGAGACGACGAAGGGGAGCACUGUAAGACAAUGAAGGCAUGUCAAACCCCCGGAAGCCUCCGCUCUCCACACUCGAUUCCCAAACCUUUGGAAGAAGACGAUGAUGAUUCAGGAUGUUUACUUCCUGAAGCUGAUUGUGAAGGCAUUGUCGAUUGUGUUAAAAAAUCCGUAGCUUCUCAUAGAUAAGAUCCAAAGUGCAAAAAUUCUAAUAUAUAAAUGUAUUAUAGUAAGAUAAUUAUAGUGCGCGGAAGUGUUUGUUUUCCAUUUGUUGCUUUUGUUAACCAAACCAAGAAACAAGAUCUUAGAUUCAAGAUAAUAAUGUCUACAAUACUGUAUAGGCUCGGCAUAUUUUCAGGAAUUGUCAUGUUUAAUACUAAUCUAUAGUGAUGAAUUGAGUUGUUUUCUACUGUA